GCCUAGCCGUAGUCAAAACUGUCUGCCGCGGCUAUCAGUAAUGUAUUGGAUGUUAUCGCCCCAUAUGUAGGUGGCGUACCGUGUGGAUCGUCUGUGUCAGGUCGCGCACGCCCAAUUUUGAUCGAAUUACCCACCCACAGGCCGUCCGUAAUUGCCACCUAGUCCUCUAUCGGGGUAUAUGGGUCAAGAAAGCCCGGCCGGAUGGACGGACGGAAUGACGAUUCAGCAUGUCCCAGUAUCCUGAAGGAACAUCCUGUGAGGUGGUAAUUUUUGUCUGUCAACGUCCAAGCAGUCCCGAUGGCGUCCUGCUUGUGAUCCUUGAUCCACCCAAGUGAAUUAUGGGUAUUAUCGGCCUCUGCAUUCAUAGCAAGAGCAGCAGAGAUAGCAUGGAGAUGCAAGUGGCACCCCUUUGUCAGGGCUGUAUUCCGUUGUUUCUCUACACACGGGCGCUGCACGGCCAGCCGCCAUUCCAGGUGCCCCACCGUGAGGGCCUGACCGCCGAGGCGCUGUGCUGGCAGGCCUCCCGGGAGUGCAGCGUGCCCCGCCUCAAUGCCAACCUCUUCGCAAUCUACGACCAGGCCCAGGGAAUUUGGCUGUCGCCCGCGACCAAAGUCAAGCCCACGGACCGGCAGCUGGUCUUCCGCAUACGGUUCCACAUGCCCCGCUCGCCUAGCAACAUCACCUCCCUGGAAGAGAGCGUAGUGGCCUAUCUGUUCGCGCAGUACCGCCACGACUACUUACAUAACCGGAUUCCCAACAUCUCGAUGGAGGAGUCACUAGGACUAAUGGUUUUAGACAUGGUGCGAUACGCCUACGAGAAUCAUCACAGUGUUGAGCGUUGUCUACGGGAUAAUCUCUUUAAAAAGUUCCUCCCAAAGUCGCUGUCAAAAGAGUUGAAGGUCUUGGACACUUGGAAGUUGAAAAAGAAAAUCCGCAAGAGCCUUGGGGAGUUUGACAGGGUGGAGCGGGACGCCCACAACUACCGCAUGAUGUUCCUCAUCUCGCUGAUGGAGGAGAACAGGUCGUGGGGAGUGGAGGAGUUUGCCACAGCCACUGGCCAGCGGUUUGCCGUCAGUGCCGAGGCCAGAGGUGUCAAAUUGAUCGAACCCGCAAACCAGGCCAAGUUAUUCAAGCUGGACUUCGAGGACAUCGUCAAGAUCAGCAUGUUUGCCUCCCGUGAGGCCGGCUCCAACAACUGGGUAAUCCACGUCAAGCAGCGCGAAGACGCGCCCAAGGAAUUUGUAGUAGAAAGCAAGCUCAUGGCAGAGUCGCUGAUUUCCCUCAUUGACGGUUACUGCCGUCUGCUCAUCGACCACUAUCACUACCUUUUCCAGGAGUGUGCACCGCCCUCGCUUGUUCAGUUGAUCAACAGCAGGUGUCAUGGACCAAUCCCACUGUCCUUUGCCAAAAAGAAAAUUGAGGCGGCAGGCAAAGAGGAUGGCAUCUACCUCAUCCGACAGAACCCCGAGGACUUCUCCAGUUACUGCUUGACUGCAAGACUAGAUGGCAAAAUCAAGAAUUACAAGAUCAAUGUCGAUGAAGAUGGCUGUGUUGGUUUGCCUGGUCAACGAACUUUCCCCGAUGUCCGCGCAUUAGCAGACUAUUACCACUGCACAGUGAACUGUGCCUGUAUAGAGGGGCCUCUCAUCAAAGCCAUACCGUACCAAUCUAGAGAUGAGUGUCUCCAGUUGCGCGACCUGUCAGCCCUGCCUGAGUUGCCACGGAAGCCACCCCCUGAGCCGCAGAUAGAGUGGAUCCAGCAGGACAAUAUCUCCAAACGCCGGCGGUGGAAGCGGCUGGGAGGUGGAGCCUUCACCUCGGUCUACCGUGGGGAGGUCCGCAAGCGAGACAGAGGGUGGAUCCAGGUGGCCAUUAAGUGCCCUAACAAGGAUGCCUCGCAGCAGGUGCAGCAGAAAUUCAGCCAGUCGGUGGACGUCAUGUCGUCCUGGAACAACCAGUCCAUCAUCAAGUUCAUUGGCAUUGGGGCAGGCUUCAGCCUGAUCAUGGCCUACGCGCCGUUCGGCUCCAUGGAUGAGUACCUCCGCAGCCAGGAGGCGAUGAUAGGAGCCAGCCACCAAGUGGCCAUUGCUGUCCAGCUGAUCGACGCCCUGGAAUAUCUGGAAUCACGGAAGAUCAUUCACGGUAGUAUAUCGGCCCACAAUACCCUGGUGGUGAGAGGCCUUCCUCGGGUCAGAGUCAAACUGGGUGACUCCAUGCUGAGCAGGUAUUACCACAGCUUGCCCAUGGAGAGGAAACUGAAAUGGGUUCGCUGGCUGCCUCCCGAGCUGAUACGAGCCAAUGCUGAGCCCACGCUGGAGAGCGACCGGUGGAGCUUUGGACUGGUCCUCUGGCAGAUUCUGGCUUACGGGAAGAUUCCGUUUGAGGACAAGUCGGACAAUGAGGUCCUUCAGCUGUACACCCAGCAUAAGUUCCCACCGUUGAAUCUUCACUCCCUGGAGCCUGUGAACAUUCUCAUCAAGAAUUGCUGGCAUGUGGUUCCCUCUGACCGUGUCACCUUCAAGCACCUCAUGAUGGAGCUGAACCGUAUCUUCAUGGAAAUCCAACAAGGAGAUGAGGCGGCUGCCAUGCAGUGGGAGGUGCUCGGCGAUGAGGAAGACGGGCCCGAACCAAUCCUGGAGGACUUCUCGGAAGGGGAGCAGAGCGGGGGGAGCGACGAGGAACUGAUGGACAUCUCCUGGCAAGCGUCUGGUUUUGCAGGCCUUGCUGACAUUGAUUUGAUGACAACUUACCCAGGCCAAAGCUCCAACCAGGCGGACAUCUACCCAAGCAGCGGUCGGUUGAUGAAGUUCAGCGGAAUUGAAAAGAUUGCUAUGGGAACGUUGGAGAUAAUAGGACCGCCCAUUGGGGAAGGUAACUUUGGGUUCGUGUAUUUCGGCCACUGGAACCGAGGGCCCAUGAACAAGUUACCUGUGGCCAUCAAGGAGAUCAAAGAAAACAGGGCCAAUGAGCAAGAACUGCAACAAUUUGAGAAGGAGAUUGCACAGUUGUCCAGCUUUAACCACAAGAACAUUGUCAAGGUGCUAGGGGUCAUGGAAGCCGGACUGGGCAAUCCUCUGCGUCUCGUUAUGGAGUAUCUCCCCCUUGGAGCGCUCAAUAAAUUCCUAGAACAGAAGAAGAUUGGCAACAAAGUAGUCAGCCUGGCAACGAUGCUGACCUUUGCGCAGCAAGUAGCGCAGGGCAUGGCAUACUUAGGAGAAAGGAACGUAGUGCACCGUGAUCUGGCAGCGCGUAACGUCCUCGUGGCAUCUGAUGCGUCCGUUAACACAGAACCGGAGGUCAAGAUUAGUGAUUUUGGCCUUGCCCGGAAGUACACUACCGAGGGUUACUAUCAGACAUCUGGACGUGAUAGACAGCUUCCUGUAUUCAUGUAUGCCAUUGAGUGCAUCUGGGGCCAUGGUAAGUUCAGCAGCAUGAGUGAUGUGUGGAGCUUCGGGGUUCUUCUGUGGGAAAUGUUCUCUUACGGCGAACGACCUAAGUACAAAAAUGAAGCGGGUGAAAAUGCUUCCAUCCAGGAGAUAGAGACUUUCCUUCGUAAGGGCAAGCGGCUCUUGAAGCCAGCCGGUUGCCCACAGAUCAUCUACACCAUGAUGAAUGAUUGUUGGCACCUGGAAAAAUUGGAGCAACGCCUCGGGAGGAUACUUGAGGACCCGACACUGGCCAGUGCGUCGUAG